AUGUACUAUGGCAUAGGCCGAUACACAAAAAAAAGCCACAUCGGUGACACUGGCGUGGGACACAAGGAUGCGUAUGCAAUCCCCAAGAUUGACGACACCCUCCAUCUUCUUUCUGGUGCAAAAUACUUCAGCAAACUUUACUUGAAGGCCGGAUACUGGCAGGUGGAAAUGAAUGAAAAGGACAAGGAGAAGACAGCCUUCCAGGUCGGUAAUUUGGGCUUCUUUGAGUGUAAUAGAAUGCCAUUUGGCCUUUGUAACGCCCCAGCAACUUUUCAGCGGUUGAUGGAGCGUUGCAUGGGCGAAAUAAACCUCAAAGAAUGCCUAAUUUACCUUGACGACAUCAUUAUCUUCUCCGAGACCUUCGAGCAACACCUUGAACGUCUGGAGUCGGUCUUUGAGUGUCUCAAGAAUCAUCACUUGAAACUGAAGCCAUCUAAGUGCGAAUUCUUGAAGAAUGAAACCACUUAUUUGGGACAUGUUGUUUCAAAGGAUGGCAUAAAGACCGAUCCGGCGAAAAUUGAAACUGUCAGGAACUGGCCUAUUCCCAGAAAUGUUAUCGAAGUUAGACGAUUUCUGGGAUUUGCAGGCUAUUACCGGAAGUUCGUUCCAAAAUUUGCCAGUAUUGUCCGACCCUUAAACGAUUUACUUGUUGGUAUGACUAAGGACAAGAAGUCGAGCAAGAUACCGUUUGUCUGGGGUGACAGCCAACAGAAAGCAUUUUCAACUGUAAUUGAAAAGCUUACUUCAGCACCAGUUUUGGCUUAUGCUAACUGCACCAAGUCCUUCAAGUUACAUACAGACGCCUCGCAAAGCGGACUUGGUGCUGUCCUUUAUCAGGAACAACAAGGCAUAGACCGUGUUAUAGCAUACGCAAGUAGAAGUCUCAAGCCCUCUGAACGAAAUUAUCAUGCAAGUAAGCUGGAAUUUCUCGCGCUGAAAUGGGCCAUAACUGAGAAAUUCCACGAUUAUUUGUAUGGAGCGAAGUUCGAGGUGCUGACAGACAAUAAUCCAUUGACGUACAAUAAACCACGGCCAAACUGGAUGCCUGUGGACAUCGUUGGGAAGCAGCCCUUGCCAACUACGAUUUCACAAUCGGCUAUCAAGACUUGGAUCAGAGGACAGAGUACGGAUAACGUCAUCUCCAAGGUUCGAGAGCUGGUAAAGACCGGAGUCCGGCCAACGUCAAAGCAGGGUUUAGCCUCAUUACCAACGGAGGUCAAAAAGUAUCUGCGUGGUUGGAAACAACUUGAGAUCGUAGACAGAGUUUUAAUCCACCAUUCUACUAUAAAUGGUGAACGGAUCCAGCAAGUCGUAAUUCCAGAAGAAACGAGAGACACAAUCUUUAAAGCUCUUCACCAAGACAUGGGGCACCAAGGUAGGGAUCGUGCGACCUCGUUGCUCAAAGAACGCUUCUACUGGCCGGGUAUGGACGCUGACAUAGCUGGACUGGUUAGUCGUUGUGACAGGUGCAUUCGCCGUAAAACCUCACUUGGAUUCGCUGCUGGAUUGAUCAAUAUAGAGUCUUCCGCACCAAUGGAGCUCGUGUGUAUUGACUACCUGUCUCUAGAAGCUUCCAAAGGUGGUUUCGAGAAUGUACUUGUCAUAACGGACCACUUUACCCGCUAUGCUCAGGCCAUACCAACCAAAAAUCAAGCGGCUCGUACUACAGCAAGAGAGUUCAUCAGACACUCCGGACACUUCGGAAACAGAACGCUCUAUGACCUACCGCCCUCCUCAUCGCCGCCGUGUAGGGGACUUCUGCCUCGGAGGCAACGUAAACCGCCAUCUUGGAUGACAGCCGGCGAGUUCAUAGUUGGCCAACACACGUUCACCACGGGUGUUGUAUAUGGACAAUAUAAAGUUAUGAAUUCAUCUUUAACUUUAUUUUCUGAUUAUUUCUAUUUCAGAUUAAAGGCAUUUGUGGUGAUUAGGUUAUAUCGUACAGUACAACCCACACCCUCGCAAAAUAUUCUGCGCACGUCUGUGAUAGAGUCCGAUGAUAGUUCUUUACUGAGAGAAAAUAUGGCAAAAAAUGCAAGCAGAUCUACUGUCACUGAGAGCUACAGUAACACAAAAUCAAGAUAA